AUGGUAGAGACCAAACCACCCUCUAAGGAGACUAUAAACCAUGGAGAGCAACUGAAAUCACCACUCCCGGCAAAUAAUGACAAAAUAGAAACUGGGGUGACCAAUGUUGAUGUUGAUUGGUUGUUUAGAGGUAAAUCAAAGAAAUUAAUUAAGAAAAUGAAUAGUACAUCUAAUAGAAGUGAAAACCCUGUUGUACCGUCAAAAGAAGCUGAGAAGAAGGAUGAAGAUAAAGAAACUAAACCAAAAUCGGAAGAAAUCAUUUCUAAUGAAUCGACCAAACUUGAUACCAAUACACAGAAAGAUACGACUGUGAAACCUGAAGAGAAAAAGGCAACCACACCCACUUCAACGAUGAUUUCACCUGUUGCAACAACUAAACCAACAUCUUCGAAAUUGGAUAAGUUGAAAGUCGGGCGUUCUAGAUCUUCAUCAGCAUCUGCUGGAACAACGAAAGCUGAAUCAACAAACCAAUCAGAAAAGAGGAGGAGUAGCUUUAAUUUCAUUACUCCUUCAUUGACAAGUGAUUUAGUCUACAAUGAUCAUGAUGCAGAAAUGAGGUCUUACAUGUCUGGAACGGGAUCUGCCAUUCCAACUCCAUCUCAGACAUCCUCGCCAGCUGUGUCUAGAUCUAAUAGCGGAAAAAGAGGACUAUUUAGUUCCCUUUCGUCUAAAUUCAAAUCUUCUAGUUCUACUGCAUCUACCCCUGCUAGUGGGCAACAUCAUCAUCACCACCAUCACCACCAUGUUCCUCAUCAACCACAAAAGACUCUAAACCCCAACUUACUUGGAGAAGGUCAAACAAAGCCACAAGGAGAUCUAGCUAGUACAGUAAAUAAGCCACCCGCUGAGAUUGCAAUACCAACGAAAAGAAAGAAUUCGCUAACCCCAAAAAGCGGAUCAAUACCAAUAUUUAAGGAAUCAUAUCUCAACAAAGAAGAGACACUUUCCAGUUCUCCAUCGUCUUCAGAUGGGCUUCGAUUCUUCAGAAGAAGAUCAUCAAAUGCAAGUUCGAUAUCAUCAGCACCUACCGUUGUAACUACCCGCAUGAUUCUUAAUAAGAAUCCAAAUAGAGAAAAAGUGCCCAUAAAAUGUUUGGAUGAUGUCAAAUUAAGAAGAGUUAACUUUGCAAUUGAUAAAUUAGAGUUUGAUCCUCAACAACAAAUUCCUUCUAGACGACCUAGGAGAGGUAAUGUAUUAAUUCCACAAGAUAUUGCUGCACCCAUACCAAGAUUAUGUCUUGGAAUCUCAGUAAACGAAGCCAAUAAAGAAGCUGGAUCACAAGGACAGUUACAACAAACUCAAUAUACCGAAAGAGAAAUUGCAAUGGCAGUGGAAGCACAGAAGAGAGCGUUGGCUGAGUCAAAUAGGCAUGCUCUAGAAGCACACACGCAGGCAAUGAAGAUCGCGUCAGAAGUUGCAACAUUCAAGCCUCUGAAAUUUAGCAUCAUUAAAGAAAAUGAGAGUAGUUACGAUACCGAAGAUGAUAUUGAUAUGUACACCAAAGCAAGCAAAAAACUAGCCCAUGAUGCUGCAAUUGAUCAACCGCUACAUGUUCAUGAACAACACUUUAAGGAUUCAAGUCCAGAAUCUAUGCAAGAUGCGAAAGGAGAAAUCACUUUGGAAGCAAUAUAUACCCGUUGUUGUCAUUUACGUGAAAUUUUGCCAAUUCCAGCCACUUUGAAACAGUUGAAAAAUAAGACUGCACCAUUGCAGGUUUUGAAAAUGUUAAAUCCAAAACCGACAUUGAUUGAUGUUUUAUCAUUUUCUGAUUUUAUUGCAAUCACGCCUAUUAAUACCGUUAUAUUUGAUAAUGUUACAAUGACAACCGAAAUGUUUAGACACUUUUUGAGUUCAUUAUGUCACAACAGAGCCUUGGAAAAGUUAUCUUUAAGGAACGUCGCCAUUGAUGAAACUGGUUGGAAAAUUCUAUGCAAGUUCCUAGCAAAGAAUAAAACUAUAAAGAAAUUGGAUAUUUCCCAGCAAAGGAUUAAAUCGGACACAAAAGAAACUUGCAUCCGUGCUAAUAUGAACUGGGAUUUGUUUAUUGAAUCAAUAGUGUUAAGAGGUGGAAUUGAAGAGUUGGUGAUUAAUGGAUGUAAGUUGUCUGAUGAAAUUUUUGAAAAACUUAUAAAUAAUGCAGUAAAACAAUCGACUUAUAGAUUAGGAAUUGCUGGUAUUGAUCUUAAUGUGGCCAAGGCCGAGGUCGUUGCUAAUUGGUUAACAGAUAAGAAUUCGAAGUGUGUGGGUGUUGAUAUUGCAUCUAAUGAUUUAUCCCAAGGUCAAUUGCAACCUUUUAUUCGAGCUUUUAAUGAAGGUGUUGAGAAUUUGGUAUUUUUUUCGGUUAACGGUACACAAUUAUCAAAUAUUGAGGAAGCUACACAGUUGAUCCAAUCUCUCAUCAACGUAAAAACAUUGAGAUUCUUAGACUUGAGUUCUUUACCACAGCUAUUCCCGGGUAUAAUUACAAAGUUAGCCAAGUAUUUGCCACAAUAUCCAAGCUUAAGGAGAAUACAUUUUGAUUUAAAUGAAUUGUCACCGAAAGCAAUUGGGUCCAUUGCUACAUUCUUAUCUAAGAUGCCCAAGCUUGUGCAUGUAUCUUUACUUGGUAAUAGGAACCUUACUCACACAGCAUGUUUUACUAUAUAUUCUGCUGUUAAGUCAUCACAUUCUAUUUUUGCAUUAGACUUGGACUAUGAUCUAGUAUCGGAAGAUUUGUCACUGAGAAUGGCAUUUUAUCUUAUGAGAAACAUGGAUAUUUCAUUGAAACCAGAAUACAUGCCACAUGCUAGACCUGAUAAUGAAGAAGAAAUAAUGUUUGAUGGAUCAUUAUUAAUGGAAACUGCCGAAAAGUUAUUAUCAGAAUUCGAUUCUUCGCAAAAGGAGGAUAGAAAGAUUCAACAAAUCAUUGCCAAUACCAUAGUAGAAAAGACGAGAACUCUUAGAAAAGAUAUCCAUGCCACCAUUGAUGCGUUAUUUCAAAAGCGAAACAAAGGAGAAUUAUCGUUUGAUGGGAAAGAAAACUUGGUCAGAUUUUGUUUAUUGGAUGCAAGUUUGGAAAAGUUGGUUCAUAUGUUUGAGGAGCAUGAUUAUUCAAAAUUGACACCAACUACGUCCAGGGAUCAAAUUAUAGAAGAAAAUAACAGUUCAGCCACAUCAAUGUUUAGAAUUCCAAGUAUUACAGUCGACCAGAUGAAUUUACACGAAAGUUCACGAGAAUUGUUAACAACUGGACCAAUCUUGUCACCACAUAAUUCUGUUGCAAUGAAUAAUACUCAAAAUUGCUACUUUGAAUCCACAGCAACAAUUGAUCAGAAUUUACUUCCACAUCAAGUCGUUGUUGAAAAUUCUGAGAAUGGGCAAUCUUUUCCAGUGGACAAACUUACUGGUCGUCCUGUCUUGAUUAGAAAUUCUUCCCAGACAUCAUUGCAUGCCAAGGAGCAAGAAUUGGAAGAAGGUGAUUUCCAUAGAUUGGGUGUGUUUAUGCAACUGAGGAAUGAUCCUGAAGAACGUAAACCUAAUUUACCAUUGUUAAGUGCCUUGCCUUCGGGACCCGAAUUAAGAGAUGCCAUUAUCAAUGCAAAGGGGAUUAAGAAUGUUACUGAUUUAAUUAGUAAGAUUAACGAUAAUAGAAUUACCAUUGAUAAUUUGAUCCCACCUGUAAAGAAGGAAGAAGAUCAUGACGGUGAAGAAGAUGAAGGUAGAACAGUUAGUUCAAACGAGAAUGGAUCAGUCCAUUCAAAAGAAGAUGUGAAUCCUAUGGUUGACGAGAUUUAUGAUAAAUUAUUAAACGAUGCUCAAAGAGCUCACCUAACAAAGUAA